AUGGAUGCACAGAGAUAUCUCUAUGUCUCUGACGAAGGAAAACAUGAAGUAAGACGAUAUCAACUAGGUGAGAAGAAUGGCACCCUCGUAGCUGGUGGUAAUGGCAAGGGUGCUGAUCUCAAUCAACUCAACGAGCCGAGAUAUCUCUUUCUUGAUCGACAACAGAAUGUCUACGUGUCAGACAACAGCAAUCAUCGUGUAAUGAAAUGGACUAAAGGUGCAAAAGAAGGUAUUGUGAUUGCUGGAGGUCAAGGUAAAGGGGCUGCUUUGACACAAUUGUCUUAUCCUCAAGGACUCUUCGUUGAUACUUUGGGUACGCUCUAUGUAGCAGACUGGGGGGAAUGA